AUGCUAUUACCACUUGCUGAGCUUGCAACAUUUAAUCAACCGCAAGCUAACCUUAUCACCUUCCACUUUGGUGCUUCUCGAGCCGAUGACCGAGGUGCCCCGCGAAUGCUUUUUUCAGGGUUAGCUGGUAGGUUAAUGUUGAUGGAAACCUGUGAGUUAGCAUCAAUCGGGGUUUGGGUGGGUGGGGAGAUUGACGAAGAUGUCACAUAUCGUAUUGGAGCGGGAUGGAUGGAAUGGAGACUUGCUCCCGGUGUUUUGUGUGAUAAGAAGGNUAUUCUAGAAAGCAAGUUCUUAUUUGGUUACGAUGAUCAGAAGCUUUGGAUUCCUAAACAAAUAGCUCCGGCAGUUGAACAUCACAAGAACGUUAACGACGUCGUGUUGACAUCUUCACCGGUGCGGGAGGGGCACGGCGUUCAGGCAAUCAAAAACCAGAGGGGUAAAAUCUGUAUCCUCAGCAUAGAUGGUGGUGGAAUGCGAAGCAUCCUAUCAGGAAAAGCUUUAGCGUCUCUUGAACAGGCGUUGAAGGUUAAAUCGGGAAAUUCAGAUGCUAGAAUCGCCGAUUAUUUCGACGUCGCUGCCGGUUCCGGCGUCGGAGGAAUAUUCACCACCAUGCUCUUCUCCACCAAGGACCAAAACCGCCCCUUGUUUCACGCUGAGGACACGUGGAAGCUUCUAGCGGAACAAAGCAAAAAAUUCUACCCUACCAAAGGUUCAAAUUCCGGCGGUUUUCUCAGGCAAAUUAUCUGCGGCGGAGGCGGUGGUGAUUCGACCGGUUCAGCAACGGACGGUUUAGAGAAGUCGAUGAAGGAGGCCUUUGUAGAUAAAACCGGUCGAAGCCUCACGUUAAAGGACACGUUGAAACCUGUUUUGAUCCCAUGUUACGACCUUUCAAGUACGGCGCCGUUUUUGUUCUCCAGAGCUGAUGCUUUAGAAACCGACAGCUUCGACUUCUGUCUAUGGGAGGUGUGUAGGGCCACGUCAGCAGAGCCGGGAGUGUUCGAGCCCGUUUGUAUGAAGUCCGUCGACGGGAAAACCAAGUGCGUGGCGGUUGACGGCGGAUUAGCCAUGAGCAACCCGACGGCGGCGGCGAUUACCCACGUGCUUCACAACAAGCAAGAAUUCCCCUUCGUGAGAGGUGUGGAGGACAUUUUGGUACUUUCACUAGGGACAGGUCAGCUCCUAGAAGGAAGCUUUGACUAUGAGCAAGUCAAGAAUUGGAAGGAAAAGGACUGGGCUCGACCAAUGGCUCGAAUUUCUGGCGAUGGCUCAGCUGAUAUGGUGGACCACUCAGUUGCCAUGGCUUUUGGCCAAUAUCGUAGCAGUAAUUACGUGCGCAUUCAGGCUAACGGAUCGAGCUUUGGUCGUUGUGGUGUGAAUGUAGACGCUGACCCAAGUCCUAGCAAUGUGAAAACGCUGGCUGGGAUAGCAGAUGAAAUGCUGAAACAGAAAAAUGUAGAGUCUGUGCUUUUCGGUGGCAAGAGAAUUGCAGAGCAAAGCAAUUUACAGAAACUUGACUGGUUUGCUGGAGAACUAGUGCAAGAGCAUCAGAAAAGGAGUUGCCGGAUAGCUCCCACUGUUGCAUUUAAGCAAGCUACACCAAAAGCUUCCCAAACAUCUCUCAAAUAAUAACCAAGUCAAGCAAAAUUUUUAAAAAAUGGAAAACAAUGUGCUGAAAGUAUGGUUAGGACAAGAAAAAAGAAUUGAAGAAGAUGGUGAUGAAAUAGUAGCUUUUACUUUUUGGUAUAGCUAGUAAGAUGGGGAAAGCCAGUGCUUUUUCAGGGAUUGAAAUGAAAGACACUCAACUUAACUGUAAAAACAAAAUGGGAAAAGAUGGAACGGUUGAAUUAUCUUUGUUGGGAUUCUUUUGCUUGCCAGAGGACAGGCAUUUGUUUUGGCCAUUCUUUCUUGAUAGAGGUGUCAAAGACAAAACGAGUCCCCUUUUGAAAUCUUUUUUAUUUUAUUUUUUCA